CAGCCUGCAGCAGGAGGAGCGGGGGGAGAGCAAGGCUGAUGUUUCACGCCGUGUGUUUGCGUGGAUUCGCUUCUGCGGACGCCGCUGUGCUGACCCAGCCUUCCUCCGGACUUCACGCGAGGACCUGUGGAUUCUUCACUUAAACUUUGUUCCACGCUGUCGUCUCUCUGGUCGUCUCUCAUUGAUCAGAUGUUUCCUGGAGGUACAGCUGCUUCUGCAGGCAGGACGCUGAGAGCUGGUGAGUGUCUGCUCAGGUUUCCUCUCACUCAUCUCCACAUCUGCUCAGAUGAAACAGGGAGGAUGUGAGGUCACACCCUGAGGACCAAACGUUUCUCCAGUUGCAUCAUCAGGAAUUUUGUUUUCCUUGGUGGACCGAGGAACUCAGAGAACUUUAAAGACUUCAAUGGGAAAAACCCGAAACUGCCACAAAGAAGGAAACUAUCCUAAAACCAGAACUAGGUGUUUGCUCUCUGGUGAACCCCAUCUGAGGAAUUCAGGGAGACCCUGGAUGUUCUUCAGUACAUACUGAGAAGAAAGUGAGUGAAACUAACGACACACCUGAAUUAUCCUCCUGGAAGAACCUGCAGCAUUACCUCAGACAAACCUCAGUGAGUUGCCAGACUCAACGGUUUUGAGGGAGGGAUGUGAAGAGAGCUUCUCAGACACUGAGCUGAAACCACAGGAACUACAUGACAUCCCAGGAGGCUUCUGAAGACGCUGAAAGUCUGAAUCUGAAGCUUCCUGAAAGUCUUUCUAAUUUUUUACGUGACCCCCGAGAAAUGCUGAAUGUGGCAGAAGAAACAAAGUAAGUGCGGGUGUACCAAAGAUCCUGGGUGUAAGAAUAUUUAAGAGUUGCUGUAACUGGUCAUAGACUAACACUUUGACCAAUCAGGAUGAGCACUUCAAGGAUCCUGAACAUCCAUAAAAACAGGAAACUCUGAGGAGGAGGUGCUGUGCAGGAACAUGACUUUUGGAAGUCAAAACUUUUAGGUGCUCAAAAUCCUCAAACACCCCAGAGGAUUCGAAGAGUCGAGUUCUUUAGGAGAAGAAGGUAUUCCAGUGGAACCUGGGGGCGUACCCCAGAUAGUUCAAAAGAACUCCUUGUGGAUCCCCUGAAGGACAGAUGGGGACCUUGCGGGACCUCCAGUAUGCCCUGCAGGAGAAGAUCGAGGAACUUCGGCAACGCGACGCCCUGAUAGACGAGCUGGAGCUGGAGCUGGACCAGAAGGACGAGCUGAUCCAGAGGCUGCAGAAUGAGCUGGACAAGUACCGCUCGGUGAUCCGGCCCGCCACUGCCCAGCAGGUCCAGGCGCAGCAGCAGAACCUCGUCCUGCAGCCGGACCAGCACCGCAGCAAGCGGCAGGCCAUCUCCGCUGAACCCACCGCCUGUGACAUCAGCGACCUGUGCCAUGUGACCCUGCCCUUCUACCCCAAGAGCCCAGAAUCGAAGGAGCUGAUAAAGGAGGCCAUCUUGGACAAUGACUUCAUGAAGAACCUGGAGCUGUCUCAGAUUCAGGAGAUCGUGGACUGCAUGUACCCGGUGGAUUAUGGGAAGGACUCGUGCAUCAUUAAAGAGGGUGACGUGGGCUCGCUGGUGUUUGUGAUGGAAGAGGGGAAGGUGGAGGUGACGAAGGAGGGGAUGAAGCUGUGCACGAUGGGACCGGGCAAAGUGUUCGGAGAGCUCGCCAUCCUCUACAACUGCACCAGGACGGCGACGGUGCAGACUCUGACCCAUGUGAAGCUGUGGGCCAUCGACCGGCAGUGCUUCCAGACCAUCAUGAUGAGAACCGGACUCAUCAAACACGCCGAGUACAUGGACUUCCUGAAGAGCGUUCCCACCUUCCAGAGUCUUCCUGAGGAAACUCUCAGCAAACUGGCGGAUGUCAUGGAGGAGACUCAUUAUUCGGAUGGAGAGUACAUCAUCAGACAGGGAGCCCGAGGAGACACCUUCUUCAUCAUCAGCAAAGGGAAGGUGAAUGUGACCCAGGGGGAUUCAGCCACCCAGCAGCCUGUACACCUCAGGGAGCUCGUCAAGGGAGACUGGUUUGGAGAGAGAGCACUACAGGGGGAGGAUGUCAGAACAGCCAACGUGGUUGCCACGGAGCCGGUCACCUGCCUGGUCAUCGACAGAGACUCAUUCAAGCAUCUGAUUGGUGGCCUGGACGACGUCUCCAAUAAAGGCUACGAGGACGCUGAACUCAAAGCCAAAUACGAGGCGGAGAACGCCUUCUUCUCCAGUCUGAAACUCACUGACUUCAACAUCAUCGACACGCUGGGAGUCGGAGGCUUCGGACGCGUCGAACUGGUGCAGCUGAAGAGCGAAGAGGCAAAGACGUUCGCCAUGAAGAUCCUGAAGAAGCGUCACAUCGUGGACACGAGGCAGCAGGAGCACAUUCGCUCUGAGAAGCACAUCAUGACCGAGGCGCACUCGGACUUCAUCGUCAGGUUGUACCGCACCUUUAAAGACAGUAAAUAUCUGUACAUGCUGAUGGAGGCGUGUCUGGGCGGAGAGCUGUGGACCAUCCUGAGAGACCGGGGCUCCUUUGAAGAUUCCACCACCAGGUUCUACACGGGCUGCGUGGUCGAAGCGUUCGCCUACCUGCACGCCAAAGGCAUCAUUUACAGAGACCUGAAACCCGAAAACCUCAUUCUGGACAGCCGAGGAUACGCCAAGCUGGUGGACUUUGGCUUUGCUAAGAAAAUUGGUUUUUGUAAGAAGACGUGGACGUUCUGCGGGACGCCGGAGUACGUCGCUCCAGAGAUCAUCCUCAACAAGGGUCAUGACGUCUCUGCUGACUACUGGUCUCUGGGUAUUCUGAUGUACGAGCUGCUGACCGGCAGCCCUCCGUUUUCAGGUCCAGAUCCAAUGAAAACCUACAAUGUCAUCCUGAGAGGCAUCGACAUGAUCGAGUUUCCAAAGAAAAUCACCAAGAAUGCCGCCAGUCUCAUCAAGAAGCUCUGCAGGGAUAAUCCUUCAGAGAGACUCGGCAACCUCAAAAAUGGAGUCAAAGACAUCCAGAAACACAAGUGGUUUGAAGGUUUUAACUGGGAGGGUCUGAGAAAAGGAACGCUGACUCCGCCCAUCACACCAGAUGUCUCCUCUGCGAUUGAUACGAGCAACUUUGACAGUUUCCCUGAAGACACAGAUGAACCACCACCAGAUGACAACUCUGGGUGGGACUAUGACUUCUAAAGUGGCAGCCAUCAGUUUACACCAACACCCAGAGCUUGACACUUUAUGAAGAAGACGAUGACUUCUCAGCGGGCUGAACAAAGGCUGCGUGGGCAUCUUGGUGAAAUAUCCUACCUGAAGUGAUUGUGUUGUUCUAAGCAUGGCUGUAAACUUCUAGGAGUCAAACGCUGAGGAUUUGAGGACCUAGUGCAUGGAAGUUCAUAAAGGGAAAUGGACUCCAGGCCUUUCCUUGGUCGAACUGGUCAAGCUGGUCUCUGCUAACAAGAGGAACCCACCCACCAUCACACCUGAGAGCAGGAAGCUGAAGCAGUUCAGGCAUCAAACAAACUGCCUCUUAACAUCACACGUUUGUUCUUUUUUCAUAUUAAGACAAUGUAGGAUGAUUUCUCGAGGCACUCGGGGCACGAAGUCAGUCCUACAAACAUCUUUUGCUUUGAGGGUGAUUUUCAGCAAAUAGAUAAAAGCAUGUUUUUAACUUUUACAACAGAAAUGAUGUCAGCUUUUAGAAACCUGUCGGGACCCCGGGAGGUUAACGGUACAGCUACAAAAAAGGAUCUACAGCAUAGAAAAAGUCAGUGAUGCCUCUGAAUAUCUCAUGAACCCAAAGAAGCCUGAUUCCUUGUUUGGCUACAGAUGAACUUUGGUCAUGUCCCUCCAACAGAAGUCAACGACCUGCGCAGCUCUAUCUUUAUGUGCCGUUUACUGCUGCAAGAGUUUCUGUCCCAUAUGUUGCUGUAAAACAACUUCUUUCAGCCCUCUGAAAUCAGGAAAUGAGUUUGAUUAACACAUAAACAAUUUCUCGUUACGUUAACCGGCUGCUCCUUCAGCCUGUAUACAGCAGCCAAGACUGUGCAGUAACUUCAUCCACACAAUACAGAAGAAAUAAUUGGAUGUUCCUUAGAGACAAAACAAAUGCCUUGAGUUAGUGACACAGCACAGGCCUUUUUGGAUCCUCAUUCAACCGACACGUUUCACAGGAAGUGAUGUUUACCAUAGAUCUGAUGUCUGCUUUCAUCAAAGAUACCUGACAUCUUGACAGUUCAACAAAAUCAUCCCAAAGUGUUUCUGGCAGCAAUGAACAAGGCUAGAUUACCAACCUACCAAAGUGGGGAACUUCUCCAAGGCCCCAGGUCCUCCGUGGUUCCACAGACCGAAGGACUUAUUUAUGAUAAUUACUUUUAGUAACGUCAACACAAGGUUACCCUGUGAGGACUUAAACCAGAAGCCCUCCUGCAUACUUCCCCUGUGACAGCAUCACUUUCACAAUCCGAGAACAACGUCGAGUCAUCCUUCCCAUACUUCCUGAAGACACUGAAGGCAUCAUAGUCCUGCUUUUCCUACAAGUGGAAAACUUGUGCUUCUCUCAAGUGGCCUUGAUAACUGACAGUUGAACUUUGACCCCCUCAGGGGGAGAUCACUCUCCUACUGCUUGCUGUUUGAUUAGGUGGUAGAUUUGGAAGGUUCUGGAGACCCUCACAGAGGGCUGGAGGACGGUUAUGUUCCUCUGUGGCGUGAAGAACCGCACCGAGUGAAAUAAAGACAAACUGAGACCGAACACACAAACCUGAGGUCACCAUGAUGCCUUCACUUCCUGUUUCAUUUUCUGGAACUUCAGAUCCAAAGACGGAUAGAAAGAAAACAAUGCUGGGCGUAGUAGCGAUCUUCACCCCCAAAGGAUGACGGGGUAGUGAUGCAAACAUUUCUUUAAGCUUUCCUUUCUGUCAUUCUUUAUAUUGUGAGUCUUUGAAUUGCUGCAUGAGAACUGAUGUUUUGAACAAUUUUCCAAGACUUCCUCCAUGUUUUUUGGACAUGAAUUAGACAGCGUGCUUUGAUUUCUUCUGAGCUGUUGGUCUGAAGACGUUUAAAACUGUGCAGGUUUCUGGAGUGUUUCCAUUUUUUUGCAAUGCAUCAAAACCUUUUUGUUCAGAACACGUUAGGAUGACGCGUCUACGACUUGGCGGUGGACAGGUGGAGAAAAAAUAGCUUCCGUUACGUCUUCAUGCUGACAGUAACUCCGUCACAAAGUGGACCUCUAGUAUUGUUGAGUUGAUGAGUCUGCAGUUUGUUUGCUUCCAAACAUGAGAUGAAAAGAUCAAAUUUGCAGUAAUUUAAAUUUGUACUGAUGACGUGUUUUUGUGGCCUUUUGUAAAAGCAGCUAACAGUCUCCAGUUUGUUAUGAAGUCUUUAUCUUCAGCAGUCGGAUUUCGCUGUGGUUUUUCUGUAGAAUGAUCAGUGAUGUGACGUCUGUGAGUUCUGCAUGACAACAACAGUAUGUUCAGUUUUCACCGGCAGAGGGCAGCACACAGUCAGACUUCCACAAAGUAGCCUGUGCUGGGCUUUUCCAGCAAAUAUUCCAGUGGAAAAACAUGAAGGUGGGAGUCCAGUGAGGGAUGGAGACCUCACUGAUGGUUUCUGGGAUGUGGAGAACAACACCACCUACGAGCCUCGCUAAUUAUCAGUAAUUUCCUAUUAUAUCUGAGUAGUUUGAAGUGGAGGACGACUUCAUAGUCUAAAAACCUCAAACUAGAAUUUUCAAUCACAGGUCAUACUUUACUCAAAACGGAGAAAUAUCUGUUUCCUCUGACUGACUGGCUCCAUCUGCUGGACAGAGCUAAAAUACUCCUGAUGGGGACAAUCAGAGUCCGACGACAAUAAAAUGCACAAAAUAAAUAAGACACGUAUUUGGACCAGAAGGAGAAAUAUUCAUGUUUAUAUCAAAGUCAUGAUGCUUUGUGUUUGUGUGAUGAAGCUCAAGUGUCAUUGGUUUAUUUGUAUAUACUGGGGAUAUUGUGUUUUGAUGAUGUUUUCAGUUGUUUGUUAUUAUUAUUAUUAUUGUUAUUAUUACCUUUGCUACAGUGGCUGUUGCAGUAGCUGAAGAAGCCUUCUGACUCUUUCCGUCUCUCAGUGGAAAAAGCUUUACGGUGAUGACUGUUAACAGAAAAACUCUUUGCCAAAGCUGCUCAAUCUGUUUAAAAAAAUAAAAGCUGUAAAAAAA